CUAAAGAAGUGGGAGACAAGGCUGGAGAGGGAGGAAUUUAUACCAAUCUCGGAUGCGCUUAUCAUGGUCUAGGACAGUUUAAAACAGCAAUCGAGUACGAUCAACAUCAUCUAGAAAUUGCUAAAGAAGUGGGAGACAAGGCCGGAGAGGGAAAAAGCUAUGGCAAUCUCGGCAGCGCUUAUUUUUGUCUACGACAGUUCAAAACAGCAAUCGAGUACCAUCAACGUGACCUAGAAAUUGCUAAAGAAGUGGGAGACAAGGCAGGAGAGGCACACUCACUCUGUUCUCUUGGAAUAAGUGUGGAGUGUGAAGGAAAUCUCAUGAGAGCGCUUGACCUCUUAUAUUCGAGUGUAAAGAUUUAUGAUGAUAUCAGGGAUAGUCUUCAACCUAACGACAACUCGAAGAUUUGCAAUCGCAAUCAGCACACAGAUGCCUACACAGGUUUGUGGCGCAUAAACCUAAGUCUAGGUGAGGAUGUUAAAGCUCUCUUUGCUGCAGAAAAAGGACGUGCUCAAGCUCUAAGAGAUCUCAUGAACUCGAAGUAUAAGGUUGAAGGCUCUUUAAAGUAUUGCAGCCCAUGCGUUUCUUUGAGUUGUGUUCCAUCAAGUACAGUUUUCAUAGCUAUUAGUGGGCCUUGCGUUUACUUCUGGGUUUUCCUUAGCAAUGAUAAUGUCCAGCUGAGAAAGGUACAUGUCAAUAACUACAGAUAUCAGGAUGAGCUGGAAUUUUUCAUCGCGCAGAUGAACAGUAAUGUCCUUAAGGAGAUCGCUGCUAGUAGAGAUGCUGUAAACGGCGAGAAUCCGCCCAUUGACGCGCUGAAAGAGGAGGAAGUGGAGGAAGUGGGAGAUUGAGGACGAGGCAACCCUGGAGUUUAUGAGUUUCUUCUACGGUGCACUGGUUAAAGGCAAGAGGACAAGAGAAGCUCUUAAUGAAGCCAUGAAGUGUAUGAGAGAAUCUGGAGAUUUCAAGGAGGUGAAGCAGUGGGCACCAUUCGUACUGAUUGGUGAUGAUGUUCAACUGGAUUUCAAGGAAAUUUAGAUGCUGAACCAUUUAAGGAGGUGAGCCUUGAAGAAAGAAAGCUAAUGCAGUUAAAAGUUGCCUACAGACGUUGAUGUGUGUAACAAAACCCACUGGGCUACCGAUAAAAUGUCUGUGAAAGUCUUUUCAAAACAGAGAGAACCAAAAGACGGUUAAACUUAAAAUUUCAACAAGAGCCCCUGUGGAUUUCUGUUUCAAAACUUGUAUUUUCGUUUUUAGAAAUGCUCUUGGAUUUUGGACAUAUCUAAGAGAAAAAUUCUUUGAAGUAUCUUGAUCGCUAAGGUCUGGUUCAAACUAGUUUAUAAUGUUAUUUUAUUAAUAAGUGAUGUCUUGAAAUUACCACGACUGGCUAGGUAACUGUAAUCUAAUGAUGAAUGAAGUCGUUACCUAUAAACAAGUUUUUAGGUGUUGCACUUUCGUCUAAGUCGAAAAGGUUUCCUUUUUUUAAAAUUUUUCUCAAGUCAUUUUGCUCUAUAGCUGAGUCAAAGUUAUAUGUUUGUACAGAGAGUUUCCAGAGAACUUGAAGAAUAAUCAGUUGUCCCGCAAUUGUUCGAUAAUCUUAGUUCCAGUCGAGUGGAAAUUGCGUGACUAACUUUUCGAGGAAUUUUACUGAGUUAUUUGUUAUCAAAGUUAUUUUUCUGCAUCUUAUUAAUUCGGUUUCUCAGACUUUGAAUGACUGAAUCUAACUUUUAUGGCCAAGGUUUAACCUUGCUUUUACCAAUAUUUAGAAAGAUUUGUCCGGCUUUUGCGUUUGAUUGCGAUACGUUGUGCCUUUUGUAAAUGCAUCAGAUACAUUUUUUAAAGAAUGAUGAUAAAAACCAAUUGUUUAAUUGGAAAAUAAAGGCUUAACUGAAUAAUUUAAUUUUUUCUUUUUCUUUUGGAAACUGCAUGGCAGUUUCAAAAUUAUGUCUCAUACGAAAGGUCGAGGGGAAAAAGUUCCGAAAGUUUAG